AUGGAUGUUGAUCAUACCAAUGAUUCGAAAAUCAACCCUAUCCAGGACUUGAAAUCCAACCCUGUCCAACAUAUUGCAUUCGUAAAGGUACAUAAAGCCGCUAGUACAACUGUUCAGAAUAUCUUUCUACGUUACGGAUACGAAAAUGAUCUUGUGUUUGCUUUGCCAAGAGCAGGUUCGACCAUUAGUGUACAACAAACCGUGAGGUCGGAUAUGAUCCUUCCACCGCCACCGAAUAGACCUUAUGAUAUUAUAUGUUCUCAUGUCAGAUAUAACAGAGAAGCAUUCAGUAAAAUCAUGCCGAAUGAUACAAAAUAUAUAGGAGUAGUAAGAGAGCCAUUCCGUCAUUUUCAGUCUAAUUUACAGUAUUACCGUCAAAGGUCUGUAUUAAAGAUCCCAGGAAACAGACCUGUAUUGGAGUAUCUCUUACACAAUGAUAAAUAUAUGACGUUCGGGGGCAACAUUCCAACUACGUACAAUAGAAUGGCAUUUGACUUUGGAUUUCCAGACGCUUUAUUUUGGUCAAAAAAUUUUACCAACAUUCAUCAGCAUUUACUCAAAUUGGACAAGGAAAUGGACUUAGUUAUUAUCACGGAAUACUUUGACGAAUCUAUUGUUUUGAUGAGGCGACUCCUUAACUGGGAUCUAAAGUAUGUUUUAUAUGGUAAACUCAAUUCUAAGCGAAAGAAAGACCCUCGAUUGGAAAUUGGACCGGAAGAAGAAACAUUGUAUAAAAACUGGGCACAUAUCGACUACGAAUUAUACAAUUUUUUCCUGAACAAACUUAAAAAUAAACUAAAUCAACAGCCAUCUGAUUUCUUUGAAGAACUAGAUUACUUCAGAAGAACCAGAACUAAGUACGAUAACUAUUGUAUAUCAUCCAUGCACGGUGGACCAGCUGAAAUUUCAUUUGAAGGUAGCAAAUGGAAUAAACCUUUUGUGGUGAGAAAAGAGCAUUGUAGCCAUGUAUAUAUCAGGGAAAUGCCCUUUUUCAAUCAACUGAGAGCACGACGAAAGCUCCAGAUUGAACGAAUGAAUGCCUAG